ACCUCUUGCUCGGGGAAGUGGGAGACUUUGAAAAAGUUGCCAGAUGUGGGAACAUGGCCACUAAGAAAUUAAGAAGAGCAGGGUUAUCUCAGGAACUUUGUGACAGGCUGAGUCGGCAUCAGAUCACUACCUGUCGGGACUUUCUGUGUCUUUCACUCUUGGAGUUAAUGAAAGUGACCGGGCAAAGUUAUUGGAAUGUACAGAAACUUCUUUGCAAAGUCAGCUUAGCUUGUGCUCCCAAAAUGCAGACUGCUUAUGAGAUGAAAAUGAAAAGGGCUAUCAAUCCAUCCUCAGCCUUCUUCUCCACUACCCUAGAUGGUUUGGAUAAAGCCCUGCAUGGUGGAGUGGCCUGUGGAUCCCUCACAGAGGUAACUGGCCCAUCGGGUUGUGGCAAAACUCAGUUUUGUCUUAUGAUGAGUGUACUGGCUACUCUGCCUAUCAGCUUGGGAGGACUAGAUGGGGCUGUCAUAUACAUUGACACAGAGUCUGCAUUUGGUGCUGAAAGGUUGGUUGAGAUAGCAGAACACCGUUUCCCUAAUUAUUUUGGCACAGAAGAAAAGUUGUUUUCAAUGACCCGUAGCAUUCAUCUCUAUCGGGAGCUCACCUGUGACAGUGUGCUGAAAAGGAUUGAGACUUUGGAAGAAGAAAUCAUUUCUAAGAAGGUUAAGCUUGUAAUAAUUGACUCUGUUGCUUCAGUGGUCAGAAAGGAGUUUGAUAUGAAACUUCAAGGAAACUUGAUGGAGAGAAGUAACUUUCUGGCUAGAGAAGCAUCGUUAUUGAAGUACUUGGCUGAGGAAUUUUCAAUACCAGUUAUCUUGACAAAUCAGAUUACCACACGGCUGAGCAAUGGCCUUGAUAUCCAGGCAGACCUGGUGUCUCCAGCUGAUGACUUGUCCCUGUCUGAAGUUUCAGGAGCCUCUGGGAGCAAGGACAGGGAACCUGGCUAUGUGACAGCAGCACUGGGGAACACAUGGAGUCACAGCGUCAACACCAGGCUCAUACUACAGUAUCAUGACUUGCACACAAGACAGGUCCUGGUUGCUAAAUCUCCCGUUGCUCCAUUCUCAGCUUUUUUCUACACCAUUGAAAAUUCUGGUCUGGUUCUUCAAGCAUUAGCUUGGAAACAAGAUCUGUCUAUCUCUCUGAGUGUUCAUGCAAAGUUCUUGCUUGCUCUUCACCUGACAUCAUCAUUGUCUGCUUCUGAUAUUUGGUAUCUGGCUUUGGAGAUGAGUGUGAUGGCACAAGCUCAGGAUGACGAAUAA